AUGCGAUUAUCACAACGAAUUUAUCUGUGGUAUUAUUUAUGCUCCAUUCUUGGUUUAUCAAUAACAGCACAACAUUUUGGAUCAUUGGUACUUUGUCCACCAGGUGGUCAAUCAUUUGCAACAGCUUACAUGAUGGCAUGUGAAAUGAAGAAACGACGUCGCAGAAAGAGAGAUUUUGGAAGUUUGAUGCGACCAGCAACACUGAAAGAAGUUCAAAAUAUAUGUUGUGAAGUUGGCUGUGAACUACGAGAUCUAUUGAAUUACUGCGAUCCAUUUGGCUGGCUUGAUAGCUAA